AUGGAGCAGCUGAAGACGCUGGGGAGAGAACUUGCAAUGGGGUCCCACGGUCAGUCGAAGGAGUUUCUGGACCUCAUCAAGUCCAUCGGCGAGGCCCGAUCCAAGGCCGAGGAGGACCGCAUCGUCCUCCGCGAGAUCGAAACCCUAAAGCGCCGCAUCAACGACGCCGACACGCCCAAGCGCAAGAUGAAGGAGUACAUCAUCCGCCUCCUCUACGUCGAGAUGCUCGGCCACGACGCUUCCUUCGGCUACAUUCACGCCGUCAAGAUGACUCACGACGACGCCCUCCUCCUCAAGCGCACUGGUUACCUCGCCGUCACCCUCUUCCUCAGCGACGACCACGACCUCAUCAUCCUCAUCGUCAACACCAUCCAGAAGGAUCUAGCCUCCGACAACUACCUCGUCGUCUGCGCCGCCCUUAACGCGGUCUGCCGUCUUAUCAACGAGGAAACCAUCCCCGCUGUCCUUCCCCGCGUUGUCGACCUCCUCAACCACUCCAAAGACGCCGUCCGGAAGAAGGCCGUCAUGGCGCUUCAUCGUUUCUACCAGAAAUCUCCCUCCUCCGUCUCCCACUUGUUAACUAAUUUUCGCAAGCGCUUGUGCGAUAACGAUCCCGGAGUCAUGGGCGCUUCUCUUUGCCCUCUCUUUAACCUUGUCUCCGACGAUGCUAAUUCUUACAAGGAUCUCGUUGUUAGCUUCGUCAACAUUCUUAAACAGGUUGCAGAACACCGGUUGCCCAAGACUUAUGAUUAUCACCAAAUGCCUGCACCCUUCAUUCAGGUUAAGAUGCUAAAAAUUCUGGCAUUGUUGGGAAGUGGCGACAAGCAGGCUAGUGGACACAUGUACACUGUGCUUGGUGAUAUAAUUAGGAAAAGUGAUUCGAUGACCAACAUAGGGAAUGCGGUUCUCUAUGAGUGCAUAUGCUGUGUUGCUUCUAUAUAUCCCAAUUCGAACUUAUUAGAUUCAGCAGCGGAUGUAAUUGCUAAAUUUUUGAAGAGUGACAGUCAUAAUCUCAAGUACAUGGGCAUUGAUGCCCUUGGUCGGCUGAUAAAGUUAAGUCCACAUAUUGCAGAACAACACCAACUUGCCGUCAUUGACUGCUUAGAGGUGAAGGGUGUUCCUCAUAAAGAUGAGUUUAUUGUGUUUUGA